UCUUCGCCUAUAGUAUCUAUCGGUACUGCAACAUUUGUCGCUGGAUUUUGCCCGGGUCCGUCGCAUGUACUUCGCAAGGCAUGCGAUUGCUAAGAUUAGAUGACAGCAGCAAGAAACAAAACGAUAUUGGUAUGUACAUCUGUUUCGCUUCAGGACAAUGUGUGUUGGGGUCCGACAUGUCCGAAGUGGCGGUCCCCGGUCGAGCUAUCUUACAAGCAGCCCAAGCUCCAGAUACAAGAAACGCCAAGGCCCCGAGCCCGUUUUCCCCCUUUCCUUGGCUCAACAUCGACAACGUAGCGGCUACCUGCUGCUUGGCGGCAGACGUGACAAGACGUCCACGAGAAUUCCUCGCACACUACUAGGCGCUGUGCCAUGAAUCGCGACUCCGCUAAUGG